AUUUUAGUUUGGAAAAAAAAGUGUUGGAAAAAAUGUCAAUUUGGAGUAAAUUGCGAGAAGAUUCCAUAACUAAACGCCAUGUUCAAGUUGAAGAGUUAAAAAAAUUAGAUUCACUUAAUUUGCAUAAAUUGACUUUGAUAGAUUCAUCACACCAAAAUAUACAAGUUUUACAGCCAAUUCCUGCUCAAAAUAACUCUAAGGUGUCUUCAAAUGAACCCAUAAUUUCAAAAAAUAUUAAUAUAUCAGAUUUUGAAUCUGAUACAUCCAGUCCAUUUGAUAAUAUGGAAUUGAAAACUAUUAAUGAUUUAGAAGAAUUAGCUACUGUUUUAAAACCUACAUCAAUUCCUUCAACAAUUCAAUAUGAUAGUUCUCAGAUCAAAAAUUCAAUAAUUUCUCAAUAUAAUACAAAAUCUACUUUUAAUGAACAUAUAGAUGAUAGUUAUAUAGUCUAUCAAUCUGUUAAUCCUAGUACACAUAUAACUCAACCAUUUCAUACUAUUCCUAAUACAAUGUUGAGUAACAAUAAAAACACACUAAGUGUACCUUUUGUUAGUAUGUCAAAUGUACUUUUAGAACUACAAGAUGACCUUAACUCAAUAAAAGAUAAU